AACAGAUGAUAAUAGAGGUUAAUGGAAGGAAAUAGACUGUGUGCAGGGAGACGACCGAAAUUGUCAGGAAUAAUUAGUAGUUUUGCAGUAUUUUUCUUUUUUUUCUUGUUUUUCAUUGCAGAAUGACUUCUUUAUACAGCAUCAAAGGAAUCGCUGUAUUGGAUCAAGAUGGUAAUCGUAUCCUUGCCAAGUAUUACGAUGACAAAGUAUUCCCGAUUGCAAAGGAGCAAAAAGCGUUCGAGAAAAGCUUAUUCCAGAAAACUUGCAAAGCAAAUGCCGAAAUAAUUUUACUGGAUGGAAUGAUUUGCGUAUAUCGGAGCAAUGUUGACCUAUUUUUCUAUGUUAUGGGUGGUGCAGAUGAAAACGAAUUGAUCCUUGUCUCGGCUCUCAAUUGCCUAUACGACUCGAUCUCGUUAGUACUACGAAAAAAUGUAGAGAAGAAAGCACUUAUCGAUGAUAUGGAUAUUGCUAUGUUGAUCAUCGAUGAAAUUUGUGAUAAUGGUGUAUUAAUGGAAACGGAACCACAGGCUGUUGUAAGUCGUUGUGCUUUACGAACCGAUGAACUAACAUUUGGUGAUCAAAGCAUCUCGCAAGUGGGAAUGUCGUUAAUCGGUUCGGCAAAGGAGCAGCUGAAAUGGUCACUUUUGAAGUAAUAAGCAAGGAAAGACGAAUUUUGAAGUGUCUAUAUAAUUAUUGAUGACGCUGAAGUUACUCACACAUACACGGUACAUAUGUAUCUAUGGUGAUGGGUUAUUUUCCUUGUUAAUUCUGUUUCUUUCCCGACUUAAUGUUUUAAUUGUGAUCCUUUAUUAUCGGAAAUCAAGCGGAGAUAUCUUAUUCUUAUUUGAUUCCGGAAAAACCCAGUUAUUUUUAAUUCUCAUUUAGGUAAGGAUUGAUGAAUAUUUAC